AUGAGUAUAAUUCAUUUGAGUAGUUCAUUACUACUCAUUCAAAAUAUUAUUAUAAAAGCUAUUCUUUUAUAUGUUACUUAUGUCACUAUUAUAUCAUUGAAAAGUCAAUCAUACUCAUCUUUAUCAUUAUUCCAUUCAUUACGAUUAUCAUCAUCAUCAUCAUCAGCGGCGGCGGCGGCGGCAGCAACGACAGUACCAGCAUCGUCAUCAUCAUCAUCAUCAUCGUCGGUAAAUUUAUUUUAUCAAACAAAAGAUUGGACAAUCAAAUUUUUUGAUCAUAUUAAAAAUGAUAAUCAUGUUAUCUAUAAAGAACAAAAUAUGAAUGAACAAUUAGAAAAACGGGCUAUCAAUGAUUUAGUUUCUACUAAAUUCAAUGUUAAAUCAAAUUUAUAUAAUCAAGUUAAUGAUACACCAGUUGAAUGGAUUGAAGAAUAUGCCAAUACAAGUUCACCUGGUUAUGCUAAUUUAAAAUCAAAAUAUUGUGAUUUAUUAACAUACUACUUAAAACAAGGUGAUAGUAAUGCAGCAGAUGGUGCAAGUUGUGAACAAGUGACUUUUACACCAGUAACUAGUACUAGACCAGAUGGUACAGUGGUACGAACUGUAAAAGGUGAUUCAACGAUUAAUGUACCGACAACAACAGGAACACAAUUAACGGGUAAUCAACUUUAUGGAUUAUUUAUAAAUGGAUAUAAUAAAACUAGUACAGCACCAUCAUCUAUUAAACUAAAUGCAUUAGAUGUUCAACGCACUUCAGGUACAGUUACAUGUUCACAAUUUACUAAUCCAUGUGGAGAACAUGCCACAUGCCGUGAUUCUCCUCCAGGAAUUACUUGCUUUUGUAAUUCUAUGUGGAAAGAUAUGAAUCCAAAUGAUCCUGGAAAACAAUGUGUUUUACAUCCAGCUGCAAUUGCAUUAAUUGUUUUAGCAUCAUUACUAUUAUUGGCUGCAUUGAUCUUAUUACUUAUUUGUUUAUUACGUAGACGUCGACGAAGGAAUAGUUCCAUUUUAGCAUCAACUGAUUUAGCAACAUUGAAUAAAUUAAAAGAAACUAAAUCAUGGAGAUCAAAGUUAGAUAAAAAUAAAAUUCAACUUGAUGGAGAUCAGCCAGUUCCACUAACAGGUUUACCAAUGCCACUUACUCCAACAUCGAGUAACAUGAUUGACGGUCUUCCACAAAGAGUUGGAAGUGCAUUGCCUCUUACAGGAACUGCAGCCCCCUUAUCUGCGCUCAGAGGUAGUAUGCCGAUUAACGGCAUUCAACAAAUUCCAGCAUCUGCAUUGCCUCUUACAGGAACUGCAGCCCCCUUAUCUGCGCUCAGAGGUAGUAUGCCGAUUAACGGCAUUCAACAAAUUCCAGCAUCUGCAUUGCCUCUUACAGGAACUGCAGCCCCCUUAUCUGCGCUCAGAGGUAGUAUGCCGAUUAACGGCAUUCAACAAAUUCCAGCAUCGCCAGUUCCACUAACAGGUUUACCAAUGCCACUUACUCCAACAUCGAGUAACAUGAUUGACGGUCUUCCACAAAGAGUUGGAAGUGCAUUGCCUCUUACAGGAACUGCAACCCCCUUAUCUGCGCUCAGAGGUAGUAUGCCGAUUAACGGCAUUCAACAAAUUCCAGCAUCGCCAAUUCAACCAACAGGUUUACCAAUGCCACUUACUCCAGUAGGAAGUAACAUGACUGGUGGUCUUCAAAAAAUAGUUGGAACGCCAGCUGGAUUGGUAGGGUCAACACUGCCUCUCACCUCAAUGAAUAAGAUGAUGCCUAGUGAUAUGUCAAGAUUGGCAACAGCAGUCCCUGCAGCUCAAAUGUUAACAACAAACAUGCAAAUUCCUAAAUCUCCAGUUAUAACCAACAUGUUAACCAAUGCAUCAGGAAGUUUACCACAGAAUUCUAUGAUUCCUUCAACAACAAUUCCACAGAAUAAUCUAUCAACCAAUUUGAAUAUUUUCAAUUUUGAAAAUUUAGAUAAAAUUUGAAAUGAUGAUAAUGUAAUAAGAAUAUUCAUCUUAUUGUUUAGUAUUCAAAGUUCAAUGACACUUUCUAUUGACUCUUUAACAGUAAACAUUAAACACAGAUACGAUGAUAAGUUUAUUUUUAUAUACAUACAUAUACACAUUAUAUAUAUAUAUUACAUUUUAUUAAAAGCAUGAGUAUAACUAUCAGUGUGCUUGUGCGUGUGUGUGUGUGUGUGUGCGCGCGCGCAUGAUUACCCAUUUAUUGUUACACAUUCAUUUUAUGUUAU